GUCUUUUUAUAGGUUAUGUACAUUGUACACAAACUUCUCAAGUACCAGUUCUAACUUCCACACAAACAUGGGUAAAAAACGAAAGUUAAAAGAAUCCAAAGAAGACCAAUUCGAAUUCGAUCCUAUGCCCAAACACCUGGUUGUGGCGCAUUUAAAAAACCAAGAAAAACGUCUCAUUGUCAUCCUGGAAGGUGCACAACUCGAAACUGUUAAGGUGGGCAAUAAAUUCGAACUGUUAAACUGCGACGAUCACACGCACAUUUUACGCAGCAACAAUCGUGAUGUGGGAUCCUGUCGACCGGAUAUAACCCACCAAUGUUUAUUGAUGUUAUUCGACAGUCCUUUAAACAGGGCAGGACUAUUGCAAGUCUACGUGCACACGGCCAAUAACAUAUUAAUAGAAAUCAAUCCGCAAACGAGGAUACCCAGGACUUUUAAACGAUUCGCAGGACUUAUCGUGCAAUUGUUGCACAAGUUCUCGGUUCGUGCUGAAGACGGCCCUAAGUUAUUGAAAGUUAUCAAGAACCCCAUAACGGAUCAUCUGCCGGUCGGUGUGAAGAAAAUCGGUACAUCAUUUUCCUCGAAUUUAGUGAAGAAUUGUAGAGAUUUAGUGCCCAAAGAUGAAGAACCCAUCGUUUUCGUUAUCGGGGCCUUAGCCCGGGGUAGCAUUGACAUAGACUAUACUGAAGACACCGUUUCCAUUAGUAAUUACCCCCUAUCCGCAGCCCUAACCUGUACGAAACUUUGUUCAGCUUUCGAGGAAGUCUGGGAUGUUGUAUAAAUAGUAUAAGAUUUGUUAAAUGCGUUAUUUUUAAUAAAGCUGAUUUUAUAUCGGUG